GUUUGCCUUUUUCCGGGGCGAGGUGGUGCCUUUGGAAGAUGCCCGUGUGAGUGUGAUGACCCAUGCCCUCCACUACGGCACCGCCGUCUUCGAGGGCAUCCGUGGCAACUGGAACGCGGAACACGAGACCACCUACAUUUUCCGUCUGCGCGAGCAUUACGAACGCCUGCACCUAGGGUGCCGGAUGCUCAUGCUGGACAUCCCCUACAGCGUCGACGACCUCUGCAAGAUCACCGUCGACUGGUGGAGAAAAACGGCAACCGCUCCGACGUCUACAUCCGGCCCCUCGCCUACAAGAGCGAGGAGCUGGUCGCCAACCUGAAGCUCCACGAGAUCGCCAGCGAUUUCACCCUGAUUGUUGUGCCUUUUGGCAACUACCUGGGCACUGAGAACCUGCGUUGCUGCACCUCCUCCUGGCGUCGGCUGGAGGAUCAAAUGACGCCGACCCAGGUCAAGACCUCUGCCAACUACCUGAACAGCAUCCUGGCCAAGACUGAGUCUGUCCUGGCCGGUUUCGACGAGGCCAUCCUGCUGAACCAGGACGGACACGUCGCCGAGGGCUCCGGCGAGAACCUCUUCAUGAUGCGCAAGGGGAAACUGAUCACCCCGGUCCUCGAGGACAACCCCCUCCCCGGCAUCACCCGCGAUACCGUGAUGGAGCUGGCCAGCGAGGAACUGGGCAUCGAGGUAGUGGAGCGCCGAAUCGACCGCACCGAGCUGUAUCUGGCCGACGAAGUGUUUCUGACCGGCACGGCGGCCCACCUGACCCCCGUGAUUUCGCUGGACAGCCGACCCAUCGCCGACGGCAACCCAGGUCCGGUAUCGUCGCAGCUCAAGCAGAUGUACUUCGACAUCGUUUUGGCCGAAACCCCAAGUACCUGCACUGGUGCACCGCCGCAGUUCCCAACGGGGUCACGGCGUAAACUCGGCCAGGCACUUGUCCCGGCUCGACUGAUGGCGGACAGCAGUAUCCCGAAUUUGCUCCCAGUUCCGAAAGAGUGA